UUCGCUCAGUUAAUUUCCAGAUUUGUUGCAUUGCAGACAGCUUUGGAUAUACGUGCGCUCGCGAACUUUUAAUAAGAAUUGUGUGAAAUACCUUUCUAAAAAACGCUCAUAAAUAUACUCUUUUUCUUACUACUUUCUUACUGCCACAUCUAAUAAGGAUACACAUCAGAAUGAGGGAAUGUAUAUCGGUUCAUAUUGGUCAAGCUGGCGUCCAAAUUGGUAAUGCUUGCUGGGAGUUAUAUUGCCUAGAACAUGGCAUUCAGCCCGAUGGCCAGAUGCCAUCUGAUAAAACUAUCGGAGGGGGAGAUGACUCGUUUAACACCUUUUUCAGUGAGACGGGCUCGGGUAAACAUGUGCCUCGUGCUGUGUUUGUAGAUUUGGAGCCUACUGUUGUAGAUGAAGUUCGUACCGGAACCUAUCGUCAGCUUUUUCAUCCGGAGCAAUUGAUAACCGGUAAAGAAGAUGCUGCUAAUAAUUACGCUCGUGGCCAUUACACUAUUGGGAAAGAAAUUGUCGAUUUAGUGCUUGAUCGUAUUCGUAAACUUGCUGAUCAAUGUACGGGAUUGCAAGGUUUUCUGGUUUUUCAUUCUUUCGGUGGAGGCACUGGCAGCGGUUUUACUUCACUUUUAAUGGAACGUCUGUCCGUUGACUAUGGCAAAAAGUCAAAAUUGGAAUUUUCAAUUUAUCCAGCACCUCAGGUUAGCACCGCUGUCGUGGAGCCAUAUAACUCGAUCCUAACUACUCAUACAACGCUUGAGCAUUCAGAUUGCGCUUUCAUGGUUGAUAAUGAAGCCAUAUAUGAUAUUUGUCGUCGUAAUUUGGAUAUAGAGCGUCCAACCUACACCAACUUAAACCGUUUAAUUGGUCAAAUUGUGUCGUCAAUUACUGCAUCGUUACGAUUUGACGGUGCUCUCAAUGUUGAUUUAACUGAAUUUCAAACAAAUUUGGUUCCAUAUCCACGCAUACAUUUCCCAUUGGCCACUUACGCUCCCGUAAUUUCCGCCGAGAAGGCAUACCACGAACAAUUGACUGUUGCUGAAAUUACGAAUGCUUGCUUCGAACCCGCCAAUCAGAUGGUCAAAUGCGAUCCACGUCAUGGCAAAUAUAUGGCUUGCUGUAUGCUCUAUCGGGGUGACGUUGUACCCAAGGAUGUAAAUGCAGCGAUUGCUACUAUUAAAACGAAACGUUCGAUUCAAUUUGUGGAUUGGUGCCCCACAGGUUUUAAGGUGGGCAUCAAUUAUCAGCCGCCAACUGUUGUGCCAGGCGGCGAUUUGGCAAAGGUACAACGUGCUGUCUGCAUGUUAUCUAAUACUACUGCGAUCGCUGAAGCUUGGGCUCGUCUUGAUCACAAAUUUGAUUUAAUGUAUGCCAAGCGUGCCUUUGUUCAUUGGUACGUUGGCGAGGGCAUGGAAGAAGGCGAAUUUUCCGAAGCCCGCGAAGAUUUGGCCGCAUUGGAAAAAGAUUAUGAAGAGGUUGGCAUUGAUUCAACUGAAGGAGAAGCUGGCGAAGGAGAUGAAUACUAAAGCAAAUACAAAAAAAAAAAUUAUCAAAAUAAUGCAACGCUUUCAUAUACCAUUUUAUGGAAUCGAAGUACAUUCACAGUUUCAUUUCUCCUAUCUUUCAACAUACUAACUACAAAACUCACUCACCGUUUGCCGUUUCGUUUUCCAAUUUAUAAUUAAUCCAGUAUUUUUAA